CAUUUAGGAUAUCGAUUCCUCGCUCAUCGCAUCCAAGUAAUGCAAUUCUUGAGCGACGUUCUGAAAUACUGCUGGAAGAAUGUUUUUGCAAUUAGUUCAUAGGAAAUCUUCCUGAUGUGUAAGAUACGCAUGACGAGUUUCCUGGUGGCAUUUUCAUGUGAACCAUUCUUUGUGUGCAGUUAUUGUUAGUUUCUGAGAGAAGUGGAGGUUCUGUUCAGUGGCUAGCAAGUCACAGGCAGAAUUGACUGAUUUCACUUAUCAACAGCUUUGUUGUUGUGUCCGAAGAGCAGGAAUAGUUGGCGGUGAGAAACGAUGAUGCAGUAGCAAGUUAGUCUCUUACAACUGCUGUCGUAAUUGUUGCAGUUUUGAACGAUUAGCACAUGUGCUGCAAUCAAUGGCGACGUUUUCGAGGCUUGUAGCGGUCGCCUUGCUGCCCGCACCCGUGCCCUUUCUGCCAGCGCUACAGACGUGCCAGAAUCCCCUCAAGUCGGGACAUCAUCGCACUUUCACCCUUCUUUAUUGUAGGUCGCAAGCAUCGUCAGGAUUUCCAGACGAUGGCAUUCGCGAAGAGCAACCGAAUGUUGGCAAGCAUGUGGUCGAAGCGGAGAAAAUGAGAAAUGAGCGAGGGGUGCAGUUUUUUGUGGGCUCUUCGUUUUACCGGGAGGAAAGUGCUGUUGGACGAGAUUUAGCCUGCCUGGCAGCCGCUGUAUACAAGAAAGACAAAGGCCGACUGCAUGUUUUGGAUGCUUUGAGCGGUUGUGGCAUUAGAGCCGCCCGCUACUUAGCUCAUGCUCAAGCGGAUUUUGUUUGGGCAAACGACGCAUGUGAUGCUCUUGAUACCCUGAUGGCACAUAAUCUCUCUCUGGCUUCUUCUUCCUCCACUUAUGACACGGAUCACUCAGGACAGCCCUCUCAGGAAUUGGAUUCCUACUUCUCUACAAAUUUCAAAGACGAGAAUGGGCGAUGGCAAGUCACUACUCAAGAUGCCAAUAAAGUGUUGCUUGACUGCUACAUCCGAAAGAACUACUUUGAUCUCAUCGAUGUGGAUUCUUUCGGCAGCGACUCCGUUUUUCUAGGUUCUGCUCUUUCGGCAUUAUCAUAUGGAGGUCUUAUCUAUGCAACUUCAACGGAUGGGUUCUCUUCAGGGGGACAUCGUCCCUGCAAUGCUCUAGCAUCGUAUGGAGCGUAUAUAAGGCCUAUGACUUUCGCCAAUGAAAUUGGUCUCCGAAUGCUGAUUGGAGGUGUAGUACGAGAGGCAGCACUACGCAACUUGCACGUGUAUCCAGUAUUCUCACAUUAUUCAUUCCAUGGCCCAGUCUUUCGAGUCAUGCUCCGUGUGCUCCCCAGCAACCAAUUUCUAACUAAAGAUUAUAAUUUUAUAGCAUUCUGCCACAAGUGUGGUGAAACUGAAGUCGUCAAAUGGAGCUCCCUUGGCCGCAACAAGUGCUCAUGUGUGUCCUCCUCCAGUGUUUCCUCUCGAACCUUGAAUGGGCCUCUGUGGACCGGUCCUUUACAUAGUACAGACGACGUAAAGAACAUGACUGAAAUGGCCAAGUCUUGGGGUUGGAUAGAAGGGGACCUAGAACCUGCGUAUGAGCGGAGGCGUAGUCCUCCCGUGUCCACGAAGGAUCGAAACUUGAAGAAGUUGCUCAGUAUUAUGCUUGAAGAGAGUAAUCCAGAUCUACAAGUGGGUUAUAUUGAGCUUGAUCAGAUUUCGAUGAGGAGCAAGGGUUCAACUCCAAAGCGUGAUGAUCUGAUUGUUGCCUUGCACCAGGAAGGAUAUGCUGCUAGCAGAUCUCAUGUACAACCUAAUGCAAUCAAGACCAAUUGUCCUUUAGGUAAAUGUGUUGAAAUUUCACAAUCGACAGCACCCCAACGUUAGCCAUUCUGACCAUUUCAAGCAGGUGACGAAGGUGCUGCAGGUUCUAAAAAAUGUUCAAUUUUGCAUUUGUGAUCAAAAGAUGACAUCCAUCAUCUGGACUAUUUGAGGUUUUCUUUGUUGUGUGACUUCCAGGUGAUUGGCAUAAUUUCUAAUGAAGUGCAUGAUGACGAGUUGGUUUGAUUCUAAGCUCUAAGAUGUAGAAGCUGGAAAUCAAAAAAGGAAUUUGCUAAAAUCUGAGAGACAUAUCAAGCUGUUCUCCAGAUAAUUAUUCCCCCGAAACAAACCCCCAAUAAUUAAUUAAAAUUUUGGGAACUGACUCUAGCUA